CAGAAUGACCCGCUUUGGGACGCAGACUAUUUGGUCCGGACUUGAGCCAGUCCACUUGGAUACAAACCGACUGGAGUACCUGUUUGAAUCUAAGGGCCAUAGCACCAGUUUUAAUGUGGUUUCUGGAAGGCAGAAGCAGCCGUUGGUCUCGGUGUUGGGGAUGAAGCGGAGCAACAUCAUAACCAUCGCCCUGAGCAGUCUGCCCCCUCCCCGCCUCCUCCCCCCUGCUAUCUACAGCAUGGACAGCAGUGUGCUGGACAGAGAGGACGUUCAGCGGCUUAAAGCUUUAAUGCCAACAGAAGAGGAACUUUGUCUGAUCAAGGAUGCCAAGGCCCAGAAUCCCCACUCCCCUCUGGCCCCAGCUGAGCUUUGUCUGCUCACUUUGGGGGAAAUCCCGCAUCUGAACUCUAGGCUUCAGCUGUGGGCCUUUGCUCUGGACUACGACUCCCUAGAAAGGGAAAUUGCUGAGCCUCUCUUCCAUCUGAAGUUGGCCAUGGAGCAGCUCGCAGCCAGCCAGACCUUCAGAUGUAUUCUAGCAACAGUGUUAGCGAUCGGUAACUUUCUCAAUGGAUGUAAGGCCCGUGGUUUUGAGCUGAGUUACCUCGGAAAGCUGUCCCAGGUGAGGGAUACACACACUCGCCAGCCCCUGCUGCACCACGUGUGUGUGCUACUGAUGCAGCUCUACCCGCAAUCGUCUGACCUCUACUCUGACAUCACUGCUGUUACUAAAGCUGGCAAGUGUGACUACUCCCUAGUCCAGUCCAACAUCACCCAGCUAGAGGCCCUGUGCAAAGCAUCAUGGGAGCAGCUGAAGGUGCUGGACAAGGCAGAGGAGAGGAGGAAAGGAGGAAAGAUGGAGAAGAGGAGAGGACAAGAAGACGAGGCCUUGGCCUCGGAGGCCUCGCUCCGUUACAGGUUGCCGAAGAUUUUGAAAGAGUGCGAGGAGAGGCUGAAGGUCCUGCGAGCCGUCCAUCGCCGGGUUAUUAACAGGUUCCACUCUUUCCUCUUAUUCCUAGGCUACUCCCGGGCUAUGGUCAGGGACACCAAAGAGGAGGACUUCUGUAAAACCAUCAGUAACUUUUCGUUAGAGUACAGGACCACACGGCAGACCAUCCUCCUGCAGAGAGAGAAGGAACGGCAGAAAAGUGGAGCAGAAAGCCCAGGCCCUAACACUCCCGCAGCCAGAAGGAAACGUCAAGAAACGCCAACACAGGAAAAUGAGGAGCAGCGUAGGCUGGAGGAGGUGCUGAAAACACCUGAAUCCACCUCAAGACUGGACGUCACUCUGCCUCGAAACCGCAGGAGGAUGACUGACUUCCAAAGUCCUUUCUCACGGAAAAUGAAGUGGUGACGCCGUUGAUAUUACUUUCAGGAGCCAUGCGGUCACUGGUGCAAAAAAAAAUUUUUGUGAUUGUUAUUUAUGACUGACUGCUGUUAAAAGGCACCGUUUCGCAGCACAAUAUUCUUUAACAGUUAGAGAAUGGACGGGAUUUUGCGUCAAUUGAGUUGUAUAGUAAAUAUGCAUUAAAAUGAA